AUGGCUUCAAUCGAAGAAAAAGAAGAGAUUGCUGACGUCAACACAAGCAGUGACGACGUUGUCUCGCUUCGAGUAUCCGAUAGAAACGACCCACAACAGUCGCUGACAACUCAGUUAAGUAGCCACGGAUCUGUGCGACCGGUCUAUGUCUUCCUCGACCACGCAGCUGCAGAUGGAAAAGGGGCCACUAUUCGAAUAAAUCGUGGACGUGUCCCUUUUCUCUUGACGUUUGUAUGUCAUGCAGAAGAUUCGUCCGUUCUCGAUGAACGAUCCUCGAACCCGCGAUCGACGUCAGGCUGA